UCCCCAUUAUUAUUCAUGAAAAUAUCUCUCAUCUAGUAAUAUUUAAUAGAGGUGGUAGUCAUCAAGAUGUGUCUAAAAUAGUUAGUCGAUAUACUAAUGAUGUUAAAAAUACAUCGAUGGUUAUAAAUAGUUAUCUUCGAAAAG